AUGAGCAUCUAUUAUCUUGAACGUAUUCAGUUUGGCAACCGAGAUGGCCUGUCUAUGUGGAUUCGCUGGAACAAGGCACGAAUGAUUGUGCACAUUGAUCCAUCCCCAGCUGGGGACUUCAUGCAGGAUUCUCUCAUCAAGGAGUACGAAGACGCUGUUUGUAAUAGCCAGAAAGAGGAAGAAGCUAUGAUGGACAAGAUCUUGGACACCGUCGUUGAAGUUGGGAGGUCAACUUUUGACCAGACUGUCCCACCGAAGGACAAGCCUGCUCCCCCGCCGUCCCUGCAUUCUCUCCUUUUCCCAGAAGAAUUUACCUUUCUCUUCUACACACAACACAAAGAUGGAGAGUGGAUCCUCGACACCAGCGCCCAGAGCCCCGACGUCUCUUUGAGGGGAGCACUGCCACUCAAUCUUGAGCUUAUCCAGGGUGCGGAUCUGCCCACAGUCUCGACCAAAGACAUAUUUGUGGUGGAUGAAAUCAUCAGCGACGGACGUGUCUCUCGUGUUCUCGUGGAAAAUGAAGAAAUGUGCGCCAAAGUCGGGAUUUAUCUGCCGGCCGAGUCUAUCCAAAAGGAGCUGCACACUCUUUUGAAGAUUCGGGCCUCCCAAUAUGCCGACACUAUCCGGGCACCAAAGAUUCUCGGUUUGGUCAAGAGUCCAGUCCAUGAAAAGAUAAUCGGCUUCUUAAGUCAGUACAUUCCGCCCCCGGAUGUUCUCUCACUUGUCAGUCUCGGAGAUGUCAGGGCUUCCUCGUUUUCCGCGAACAGGAGGAACAAGUGGGCGAGACAAGUCCAAGAAACGGUCCAAAGGUUGCAUGAAAUCGGAGUCGCAUGGGGAGAUGGGGGACCUUCUAAUGUCUUGAUCCAUAAUGAUACUGAUGAUGCGUGGGUCAUUGACUUUGAUGGUGGAUGGAUGGAUGACUGGGUGAAGAGGACCGUUGAAAGGGACGAAGAAGAAGUUAGGAAGAUAUUUGAGUUUCUGGAAGUUUAA